CGGGUCUUCGAGGACGAUCGGCGGGGUCUGGUCCGGGGAAGGAAGAUUUCUGAAAAAUGAAUAGCAAUGAACUUCAGGCCUGCGAAGAUGAAAUUAAAUCUUUGGAAGAAGAAAUUAAAAUGCUAACAGAAGAAUAUGAACAUUGUCAACACAAGUCAAUAGCAUAUACUGAGGCAGAAAUAAUGGAGAUCAUGAAAUUACUUAGAAAAAAGCCUGAAGAAGAACUGAAGCAAUCUAAAUCUCCAGAUCAGGAAACUGAACUCCACUAUUUGGAAGCUGAUCUUUCAUUUAUAAUGAAAUUUACAGGCAUUUUCUUUACACAUUAUUCACGUAAACUUGUGGAAAAAAAUGGAUCUAAAACUAUUCAAAAUUAUAAGGUGUCAGGAAAGUGUCAGUCAGUCUCAUUUCAGCUGGAAUUUAAACUCACGGAAGAAAAUCAGAUGAACAGAAAUGCGUCAGCUUUAGUAACUGACCUUAAUAUUAUAACAGAAUGUGACAUGCACUGUGAUUUAAGCAACCUUGUGUCAAG